AUGGGCCAAAUGGUCUGUGGAAGUUGUCGCCAGCUACUCUCUUAUCCACAACAUGCUAACUGUGUUCGAUGUACGUGCUGUCAGACAAUCAAUCUUGUGCUAGAAGGUAACGAUUUUCUCCGUUUGCGGACUUUCUUAUUCAUGGUUUUAAAUAAUUGUGGCUCUAUUGUCUUCUUUUCCACGUUAUGAUUAUGUUAAUAUCUUUGCCUUGGUCUCUUACACUCGAUGAGGCAGAAAUUUUUGAAAGCUUCUCAUUUCCCUCGUCACAAAAUUUCUAGCUCAUGUCAUAUUCACCGAGAUCUCUAUUAAUCAAUUUCCUCGAUAUUAGUUUCAGUUGCCGGUAUUUUCCUACAAGCUUUCUUAGUUUUAGUCAUAAAACCCAAUCGAUGUCUAUAGGUUACAAUGUAAAUGAAGAGUGCAGACUGCGUUACUGGAUAUUUGCUGUUCUGUCUGGGAUAAAUUUAACCUCUUAAUGCCAAUAUCUGUGUUGUUCAGAUGGCCUCACCGCAUUACUUUCUUUAAGGUGUUCUGAAUGCAGAGGUUUAUCAUCCAGAUGAAUACAUCAUGUAUUUCUAACCUCAUGAACCCAAGUUCUUCCUUGUACUGUUCUCUUAGUGUUUCCAAAUGAUUUGAUAAUCUAUUAUAUACUUGCUAUUUGAAAUUAGUAAUACCCUUCUCAGUUUGGAUGAGGGAGGGUUCUGAUCCCUACCCUUGCGUAUGCAAAUAUAUGUAUGUACAUAUAUGUCUUAUAUAUAUGAGUUUUCUAUUUAAAAUUAUCCACCAAAGUGGUCUGAGUUUCAGAUUUAGUUUCUGGGUUUGCAAGUAAUCGGCAGAUUGGAGGGAUUGAUUGGUUUUCUGCCUUAUCUGAUCCAAUUUCUCUUGGAUAAGCUGGUAAACCAUAUGAACACUGGUUUUGGAGGAGUUGCAGUAUAGGCAUACCAGCAGCUCAGUAUCUGGUUGGAGGAAUAGGGAAGGAAAGGGCAGAAAGAGAGGAAUAAAUAAUAAAGAAAAUAUUUCUUCUUGGAGCGGAUGGCAGGCUGAAAAGUUAGCGCAGAAUAAGACUGAAUUGAAAAUUACAGACUGAAACGAUCCUCAAUUGGGACUUAGAUGAUAUCGCAGCUGAUGCUCCGAUUUAUCUUCAUUCUUCUCAUUAAUGUUUGUUUAUGUGACAGGAUAUCUAAGAUGCUAGUAAGCCAAAAUCAAUUGAUAAUAAGCAGUUGGCCCAUCUUUAUAACCAGACCUAUAUGUUUCAAAAAUCUAGGUUAAUCAUCCUAGUAGUAUUUUUAUACAUAGGUUCCAUUAUGUCCUAUUCUUAUAUAUUUUCUCCCAUAACAUAAUAUACAUGUAUGUUCUAUUGUGCUGAUAUGUACAAACCAUACCACAGAUAUCUAAUGAUAGUAGUAUAGCUUAGUCUGAAAACUCCAUCCCUUCAGAGAGAAGAUCGUUGAAAUAAAAUUACUAUUUUUUUUCCUUUUUCGGUGUUUUUAUCGCAAUUUGUGCUCAAUGUGCUUAAUUAUGUGAUGCUACUCCUAGAUGUACUUUUAUUUUCUAUAUGCUAAAGAUUUUUAGUUCAUGCAGCUCAUCAGGUGGGAAAUGUCAAGUGUGGAAAGUGCUGCAUUCUGCUCAUGUACCCAUAUGGAGCUCCUGCUGUAAGAUGCUCAUGCUGCCGUUUCGUGACAGAAAUUGGAGUACGCACAGUCUUGCUCUCAAUACUAUUUACCCAUACAUCCAUCCAUCUGACUGUUCUUGGGUACUCUUUGAAAGCCCUAUCCCCAAGUGGAAAUGCUAAUCCAUGCUGA